AUGUUCAAGAACACCUUCCAGUCGGGCUUCCUUUCCAUCCUCUACAGCAUCGGGAGCAAGCCGCUGCAGAUCUGGGACAAGCAGGUGCGCAAUGGCCACAUCAAGCGCAUCACGGACCAGGACAUCCAGUCGUCGGUGCUGGAGAUCAUGGGCACGAACGUCAGCACCAACUUCAUCACGUGCCCGGCGCAACCGGCCAAGACGCUGGGCAUCAAGCUGCCGUUCCUCGUCAUGAUCAUCAAGAACCUCAAGAAGUACUUCACCUUCGAGGUGCAGGUGCUGGACGACAAGAACGUGCGCCGCCGCUUCCGCGCGAGCAACUACCAGAGCUCCACGCGGGUCAAGCCCUUCAUCUGCACCAUGCCCAUGCGGCUCGACGAAGGCUGGAACCAGAUCCAGUUCAACCUCUCGGACUUCACGCGGCGCGCUUACGGCACCAACUACAUCGAGACGCUGCGCGUGCAGAUCCACGCCAACUGCCGCAUCCGCCGCAUCUACUUCUCCGACCGCCUCUACUCGGAGGAGGAGCUGCCGCCCGAGUUCAAGCUCUUCCUGCCCGUGCCCAAGGCCAACAAUGCCACGUCCAACGAGCAGCAGAGGGCGCCCCCUGCGCCGGCUGAGCAGUCGAUGUAG